AUGAGCCAAGCGAAUGAGUCCAAAGAAUCCAAACAAUCUAACAAAACCCUCAAAUCCCUCUUCACCAAGGCAUCCCACUCCGCCAUCAAGAGGAGCAGUCUGCCUGUCUCAAUCGGUCGGAACAAGGGCGCGGUGAAUCAGGGCAUGAGUCAAAGCGUAAUCAGAAAGAAUAUAAAUCAGGGGGAUUUCCGUGUUUUACCUCACCCCAGCCACUCCAAUUCUCAAGAAUCUUUUGCAUGCAUGGGCGGUGAUGUGAAUGCUGUCAAAAUUACUCACUCACCCGCCGUCCCUAAACGCACGACUUCGCUGAAUGACAGCGUCGUACCCAUUCCUAAGCGUAACGUGGGCAACCGCAUUCAUCGCAGUCAUCCAAGUCAUCAUCUAUCGCAUCCUCAAUCGCAUCGUAAUACCCAGCCCAGCAAUAUCAAUCAACUUGAGCGGAAACACAAUCAGCAACACACUCAAUCUCCUCAAUCGGUUCCUCAACUCCAAGACAUAAAAGCAACGUUCGAGCGGAUGAAACUUUAUCUCGCGAGCAGGGACAAUGCUGGUAAUAGUGGUGAUAGCCGUGAUAGUGGUGGUAGUGGUGAUGUUAUUCCCACUCCCGUCACUUGUGAAUACGCCAGUGCAGAAACUGGUCUAUCAGACAGCAUCAAAACACCCACACAUCUCUCUGUGGCUGUGGAGGAGAGCGGGAGCGGGAGUGAUGCAGGUGAUGCGAGUGAUGUGAUUGAUGAGAGUCACUCACACUCACACCUUGACAGCCUCAGCUUCCUUCCUCGCUCUUUCUCCACCAAUGCUGUUAGUAUGGCGCACACAGCGCACACAGGACACACAAAUGACUUGCCACUCUCCUCCCAUCACAGCCCCCUCAAACGCCCCGGCGCGCUGGUGGAAAUGAAGACGAGCACUCCUCAGAGCAAGCAGAAAGACAAGGAGAAUGAGGAGCAAGUUCAAGUUGAUGAGAGACUGAAACAGAAACAGAAAGUAAAACACAACGACAAAGACAUCAACAAACAAAAACGCAUGUCUCUUCCAGUUGCCAGUCAUACCAAAUAUAACAAUAGCGAUGGUGUUAGCCGUAGCCAUGGCAAUAUGUACACGCCAAUCUACCAAUCUCACCCUCACAAUCACACUGCUCAAACUGCGCACACCCGCCCACUUACAUACCCCUCCCUUUCGCAUCUCGAUAGCCGCUCAGCGUGUGUGGCAGCGCAGUGUAUCGGUGAUGGUGCGAACACAGGCAACACAGGCAACACAGGCAACGUAAUCAAUCCUAGUAACACUUUGAACUCUUUCAACACGGCUAACUCAGCCCGCUCGAGUCUGUGUAGCGUGAAUAGUGCCAGCUCGCCCGCACAAACGCUGUAUAGUGCACACAGCGGACACAACACAAACAAUACACAAAACAUACAAAACGCAAACAACGCAAUGUUCCGCUCCCCGCAAACUACUGCAGAUGUAGUCACACCUACAACAUCGAUUAGCGGCAACGGGAGCGGAAGCAUGGGCAGGAGCAUGAGCAUCAAUGGGGCGAUGAGUGCAAGUUUAUUACAGCACUCUGGUGAGACAUUUGGGAAUGCUGUGAAUACAGUGAAUACCGUCAACACAAACCGACAAACACACACACACCCUCACCUACACAGAAUGGCACGUGCAGAUCUGUUCAAGCUCGUCGUCGAUGCGCAGUCGGAGCUUGGAGCACUCAAGAGUCGCUAUGCAUUGGAGAAAAACGCUCUGGAGGGACAAUUGAGUGAUACACUGGAGGAGUUGAGUGGGAUGGCGAAGUUGGUGCGUGCUCAGGCUGUGCUGUUGGAAGGGGUUGCUCAUGAGCAUCAGCGUGAGCAUGAUCAUAGCCAUACUCCCACUCACUCUCACUCUCAUUCUCCAAACGAUACCCCCACCCCCACUCAAUCACACUCACACUCACAACCCCUCUCACACUCACAGAUGCGCCAGUUCAUGGCUGAACAACACGCCUUUAUCGCUUAUCAAAACACGCUACUGGAGGGGUGUGAGUGCAGCAAUAGCAAUACUACCCCCGAUCAAAGUGUCGUGUUGCACAACACUACACAAUUACUGCACAACAAAAGCAAUCUACUUGGUGAUGUUACUGCGCCGUUUAUUCAAACGAAACAAACUAAAAAAGCUGCGAAUGAGCAAGAGCAAGAGCAGAGCUAUGUUUACGGCUACAAUCACAGCAACCUUAGUAACCUCAGCAACAGCACUCUGAGCACCUUCACAUCGGACACUGAUGCCCCUAACACAUUCAACACCUUCAACACCUUCAAUACCCUCUCCAACGACAUGGAUUCGAGCGUACAUGAUGAGAAUGGUUUGUGGACACUCGGAUUAGAUGACGAUGCCAAGCGGGCGUUAGAUGCGUGA